AUGGCGCGCAAUUCUGAGAAGGCUCAGUCCAUGCUGUAUCGCUUCCGCGAGCAGCAGGCCAUCGAAAUGGGCAUGGGCAACCGCGUCGCUGGCGGACGCCGGCCCCGUGUCCCCGCCUCAGUCUCGUCGCUUCGCGACUGCGAGAGAUGGCGCGGAGACGUCAUGAAGGAGAUCACGACGUUGACGGAUUACGAGAUUCGCGACCUGAACGACGAGAUCAACCAGCUCAUGAGGGAGAAGCGAGGUUGGGAGACACAAAUCGUCAACCUUGGAGGUGCGAACUACAAGCGCGCACAGACGGCGAUGACGGAUGACGAUGGGAAAGAGGUCCCCGGAACGAGAGGCUACAAGUACUUCGGACGUGCUCGAGAGCUGCCGGGCGUCAAGGAGCUGUUCCAAAAAGGAACUGCUACUGAGGAGUCGGCUCGUAAUGCGAGCUUCCAGAUGUUCCGGAACCAAGGUCCGGAUUAUUACGGCGACAAUGACGAGAUGGAUGGCAAUCUGGCGGCCGAGGAGGAUGAGGCGCAGCGGGAAGAUUGGGCUAAGGCUGCUCGUGCUGCUGCCGAGAUACUCUCCGUGGGCGACGAGACGGCACCUCCCGCGUACCCCAGUGUGAUCGUUUCGCGACCAACUGGAGAGCCCGGAGAAGCCUCCAAGCGGAAGUCACCUGAACCGGAGGAAGCUGAGCCGGCCGAGGAGGGAUCGAGCAAGAAGAAGGGACGAGGAGCCAAGAAGGGAAAGAAGGCCAAGGGCGGAGACACUGAGAAGGCGCAAGAUGCCGCCCCCGCCGCUCAGGCUGCCCAGGCCGCACUUGCCGCCGACUUCAUGAGCGUGUUCGACCCGGCCACCCUUGCUGCGCCGGUGCUGCCGAACAAGGAAGAGCUGGGCAAGAUCCUGCUUGAGAGGAGGAAGGACGCACUGCGUGCCGAGUACGGUGUGUAA